AGAAAUAAAUAAAUAAAUAAAUAAAACGCUGGCUUUGUCCAGGCCGCAAAAACCCGCGCAACCGCAAACUAGGGUUUUUGCGGUUCGGGACGUCGCUCCUAGCUCCUCCACCGGCCAUCGCGCGGGCCCUCACUCUUUGUUUAUUUGUUGGGUUUCGGUGGCUGAAUCUGCCAGGAAGCUGGUGAUUAUUUGAUUUAGAGAUGGGUAGUGCUCCAGCUCCAUUCUUUGAGAUCGGGAAGAAAGCAAAAGAUAUUUUGACGAAGGAUUAUUACUUUAAUCAUAAGUUCUCAUUGGCAACAAUAAGUGCUGCUGGAUUGGGCAUAACUGCCACUGGUGUAAAGUUGGAUGACCUAUUUGUUGGUGAUAUAAGUACACAAUACAAAAGUGGUAAAACAACUGUGGAUGUUAAGGUUGAUACCAAUUCCAAUGUAUCAACUACAGUUACAGUUAAUGAGAUUGUAUCUGGUGCAAAGACUACAUUCAGCUUCAAAAUUCCUGAUCAGAAGUCUGGGAAGCUGGAUGUCCAAUACUUACAUGAUCAUGUUGCCAUCAAUUCCAGCAUCGGCAUGAAUACUAUACCAGUUUUGGAGCUUGCAGCUGCAAUUGGCUCCAGGAAAUUUGGUAUUGGUGCUGAGGUUGGAUUUGAUAGUACUUCUGCAACAUUUACCAAAUACAAUGCAGGGAUUAGCUUUAACCAACAGGAUUUUUCUGCUGCAUUGAUAUUAGCUGACAAGGGAGAAACUGUGAAGGCAUCAUAUAUUCAUUUCCUGGAUCCUCUGAACCGAUCAGCAGUUGCUGCUGAAAUGAUUCACAGAUUAAAAACAUCAGAGAAUAGCUUUACAAUUGGAACAUCUCAUGCUUUAGAUCCCCUCACUCUUGUCAAAGCCAGGCUCAGCAAUAAUGGGAAGCUUGCAGUUCUUUGUCAACAUGAAUGGAGGCCCAAAUCUCUGCUAACUCUUUCAGCUGAGUAUGAUCCUAAGGCUAUAAUUUCACCUUCCAGGUUAGGUCUUGCCUUGGCUCUUAAGCCCUGAAUCCAUCAGCUUCAUUUCUUUUAUGAAAACCAAUUAAGUAUUUCAGUUGCAUUAUUGAGAUUCCUGACUCAAUUUUGUUAAAAAAAAAUCAUGUAUUUUAUCAGAGAGUAGAACUGAAAAAUCAGCAAAAUUUUAAAAAGCAGAACUGAAAUCAGUUUAUUUAUGUUUUGUUUUCCUGGUUCUGCUGAGGAAAUUAUAAAUUUAUUUUAUGAUGGGUACAUUUAAAAUAAUGAAUUAUAAACCUGUUAUUUGAGUUGAUUUGUAUA